AUGGGAAGAACGCAGCAGGAGAGGCUCUCGCAGGCAAAAAGGUCUGGAGGGCACUUGAAGGUGCACAAAGGGAAAAAUUUCAACCGGGAAAAGAAGAAGCUAAAGAGAGGGAAAGUUCGCCUGGGGAAAAUAGACACAUCUGUGCAAUCGUUUAAAUUUGAUGAUUAA